AUGGCGUGGGACCAUCUCUCCAUCACGAAGCCGCACUUGGUGUACAUCAUCCUGGGCGGCUUCACCACCCUUUUCAUGCUCUGCUCCUCCAUCAUCAAGGAGCGCAUGUACAUCGGCGAGGCCACUGUUGCUACCAUCUGUGGCAUCAUCUUCGGCCCCCACGCCGCGAACCUGAUCGACCCCAAGAGCUGGGGCAACGUCGACCUCGUCACCAUCGAAUUCUCCCGCAUCGUCCUCGUCGUCCAGUGUUUCGCCGUCGGUGUCGAGUUGCCCAAGUUCUACAUGGAGAAGCACUGGAGAUCCGUCACCCUGCUGCUGAUCCCCGUCAUGACCAUUGGCUGGCUCGUUGUGAGCCUGUUCAUCUGGUGGCUGAUCGACCCGCUGUCCUGGCUCGAGAGCUUGGUCAUUGCCGCCUGUGUCACCGCCACCGACCCCGUCUUGGCCUCGUCCGUCGUCGGCAAGGGCAAGUUCGCCAAGCGCGUCCCCAAGCACUUGCGAGACCUGCUGUCCGCCGAGUCCGGCUGCAACGACGGCAUGGCCUUCCCCUUUGUCUACCUCGGAAUCUACCUGAUCCAGGAACACAUGGACGCCAAGGCCACCACGUUCCAUUGGAUCGUCUACACGAUUCUCUAUGAGUGCAUCUUUGGCGCCAUUUUCGGUUUCGUCGUCGGCUACAUCGCCCGCCACGGCAUCAAGUACGCAGAGGAGCACGAUCUGAUUGACCGAGAGAGUUUCUUGGUCUUCUACUUUGUCCUCGCCCUGUUUUGCGCCGGCGCCGGUAGUCUGCUCGGUAUGGACGACCUGCUCGUCGGCUUCGCCGCCGGCGUCGGCUUCUCCAACGACGGUUGGUUCGCCUCCAGGACCGAGGAGUCCCACGUCUCCAACGUCAUCGAUCUGUUGAUCAACCUGGCCUACUUUGUCUUCCUGGGCACCAUCAUCCCCUGGGAGCAGUACAACAUGGUCGCCGAGGGCAUCACCCCCUGGCGUCUGGUCGUCAUUGCCAUCUUCGUCAUCCUGUUCCGCCGCAUCCCCGCCAUGCUCCUCCUGAAGCCCUUCAUACCGGACAUCAAGACGUGGCGCGAGGCCAUCUUCGCCGGCCAUUUCGGCCCCAUCGGCGUCGGCGCCAUCUUUGUCGCCAUUCUGGCUCGCGCCGAGUUGCAGUGGGAGACGGCCGUGCCGCUUUCCGACACCCCGCCCGAAGAGAUCGAGCACAGGACCCUCGUCGCCGUCAUUUGGCCCAUUGUCACUUUCCUCGUCAUCUCCUCCAUCAUUGUCCACGGUUCCUCGGUGGCCGUCUUUACCCUCGGAAAGCGCAUCAACACCCUGACGAUCACCAUGUCCUACACCACCGCCCCCGAGGACGGCCCCACCUGGAUGAACCGCCUGCCGAGAAUCUCCUCGCAGUCUCGGUCGCAGGCCCGGACCAUCUCCGAUACCGAUGGCGAAGAGCUGAAGAUGCCAGAAUUCCCGCCUGGCACCCUGCCGCCCGUCGGCUUCCCAGGUGCCUUCCUCCGGCGCCAGAAGGACGAGGAUGGCUCGAAAUCUCGCACUCGGUCGACGUCGCGCAGCCGGCGCAAGAAGAACAACAAGUGGGACGACGGUAUCGGUCCUGGCGGUCCCGUUUCUCAGUCUGCCAUCUUCCCCACCAGACGCGAGCCUCUCUUGAACGAAAAGGACCCUGCCUCCCCUGACGGUGAUGGCACCACGCCGCCCAGGCGCGAUUCCGACAGGGGCCGCUCGAGGGAUCCCGAAAAGGACGAUGAUGAGAUCACGCCCUCUCCCGAAGGAGGCUCCAGCCGAACCGAAACCCCGUCCAAGAUCCAAAUCUACGAAGAGGGAAACAAUCUGGUGGUGGAGAACGAGGACGGCGACGUCUUGACCGUUGAGCGCUCAGAGAGCAGAGCAAUGGCCGUUGCGGAUGCCGAGGCACACCACCGUUCGCCGGUUGAAACCGAUCUGGCCGCAGUGGCCGUCGACAAGGCGAAACAGGGCGAAAAGUUCAACUGGACCCUGGACUCGUUCAAGCGCAAGGUUGAGGAUGUCUACACGUCGGAGGUGGAGAAGCGUAAGGAGAAGAGCAAGGCCGACAGGCGGCAUGAGCCCGCUCGAGCGUUCCAGUUCGGCAAUACUAUCAUUGUUGAAGACGAGGACGGCGAAGUCAUCAAGACGUACGAGCUGCCGUCGUCCAAGACUGGCAAGGAAACCGGAGGCCGCACACAGCAAAGCCUCAAGUACCUUGGCAUGGGCGGUCUGCUAAAGGCAUCCGAGAAGCCCGUGCCCCGAGGCGCGACCGAAGGUGAAUCCAGCGCCGAGGGUGCUGCCAAUGCCCCUCCUCCGAAAUCGGGCUGGCAACGCUACCUUGGCGGCAGCGCCGGUGCCGCGCAAAAGCCAAAGAAGAACGCGGCCGAAGGACAACAGGAGGAUGACCGACACAUCAGGUUUACCAUUGGCGGAGUAGGCCAGCGCAUGACCAAGGAAGACUUUAUCCGGGAAGUGCAGAAGCUCGAUGACAAAACCCGGCGACAGGUCGUGGACCAAUCGACUGCAUCCCAGCGUGUCAAGUCGAUCGCCAAAGGAGAUGUCCCUUCUCCGGCUGACCAACAUGCGAAUAUCCCCACCAUCAGGAUUGGCAGCGACUCGGCCGAGAAGCGAUCCGGAUCGUACACUCCACAGCGAGUGAACUCUGGCGCGGCACAGCCCGCCGCGAGAACAUUGCGAGAGGAAGAGGCGGACGAGGAGGAGACGGCCAUCGAGAGGCAUCGCAGGCUGGCUGUUCUCUCGAACCAGAGCGACGAGGACGUGGAUUCGGGCGAGACCCCGGCCGAGAGGCGUCGUAGGGAGGCCGCGCUGGGUAUGAACGCCAACGACGGCGGGGACGACUCGGAAGACGAGGGAGGGGAGAGAGUACCGCCUACGAGGAGAGGCAUCCGGUUUGCAGAGAGCACGGUGCCGCGAGGCCAAAAGUAG